AUGUCAAGUGGAUCAGCAGCAGAUAAAAUAGAAAGUAAUCAAGAAGAAUUACAAGCAAAUGUACAUCGCAUUGAUUCAUUAAACUUAUUAUUGUUUACUGGACUAUUAGUCACCGUUGUAUUAACAAUUUGGGCAUUUAAACGAAGAAAUUUUAGAUAUAUACACGAAACAUGUCUUGCAUUAAUUUAUGGUUUUAUCAUUGGUGCCAUUAUCCGUUAUACAAACACGUCUAAAUCAAAACAUAUGAAGUUUAGUUUACCUAUGAAUACCACAUUUCAAUCAAAAACAAUUCCAAAUACAAUUUAUUUUGAAGAUCAAAAUACAUCAGCAAUUUAUUUAUAUUCAUUUAAAGGACCCUAUCAAAAAGAUACAUUACCUACCAAUGAAGAAAGAGCCAUAUUUGAUGCUGAAAUAUUUUUUAAUAUUAUAUUACCACCAAUUAUAUUUCACGCUGGAUAUAGCAUGAAAAGGAGACAUUUUUUUCGAAAUCUGGGAGCAAUAUUGAUAUUUGCCCUAUUAGGAACAACAAUUGCGUGUGUAUUGACCGGAAGUAUUAUCUAUGGAGCUGUUCAUUUUUUCAAAGAUUUAAAUUAUUUUUCCUUUACUGAUUCGUUAUAUUUUGGUGCAAUUAUAUCGGCAACAGAUCCGGUAACGGUUCUUGCCAUAUUUAAUGAUUUGAAUGUUGAUGUUGAUUUGUACGCUAUUAUAUUUGGUGAAAGUGUAUUAAAUGAUGCUGUUUGUCUUGUACUUGCUAGUUCAAUUGAUAAAUACGCUGCUGGUGCCGUAGUAGGAAAAUUUGAUCAAGCUGUUAUGUUAAAAUCAUUAGGACAUUUUUUCUUUGUAUUUAUUGGUUCAUUUGCAAUUGGUAGUGGUAUGGGUUGUCUAACAGCAUUGAUGACAAAAUUUACCUAUAUUAGAGAUUUUCCAUUAUUAGAAACAGCCUUAUUUCUUCUAAUGUCUUAUAGUACAUUCUUAGCAUCGGAAGCAGCUGGUUUAACAGGCAUUGUUGCUGUAUUAUUUUGUGGAAUAUUUCAAGCACACUACACCUACAAUAAUUUAUCAUCUGAUUCAAAACAGAGAACUCGAGAUUUAUUUGAUUUAUUUAGUUUUCUUGCAGAAAAUUUUAUUUUUGUUUACAUUGGAGUUACAAUGUUCACGUUUCGUAAUCAUCGUUGGGAUGUAAAAUUUAUUAUACCAGCAAUUAUUGCAAUUGCUGUUGCAAGGAUAGUGAUCGUUGUUUUACUAUCAUUUUUAUUAAAUUUUACAAGAAAAAAGUCAAUUAGUUGGAGAUGGCAAUUUAUUAUUAUAUUUGCUGGUCUUCGCGGUGCUGUAGCGUUUGCUUUAGCAAUUCGCAAUGUUUCUACGGGUGCGAGAUCACUCAUGUAUACUACAACAUCAGUAAUUGUUAUUUUAACUGUGAUGUUCAACGGGACUCUUACGGCUCCGGUUUUAAGAUGGCUUAAAAUUCGUAUGAACGUGACAGAUGAAAGUGAGCAGUUGCCAAGUUUGGAGGGCACCGAACAGUAUCGAGUAUCUAACAACAGUCGUUCAUCUGAAAAUGAUAUCGCUUUGUUAAGCGAUAUGGAUAAUGAUUCUUCGUUUGUUAAUUUAUUAGAUCAGGAAAUGUCGAAUAAUGAACAAACGCUACGUCAACCACCGCUAACAUCACAAUCUUGGCUGUUUAAUACAUGGUCCCAUUUUGAUCGAAUGUUCGUUGUUAUUUUUAUAUUAUUGACAAAAGAUUUUUUUUACAUAAGUCAUGUUUUUUUUUCUUUGUAG